GGGGGGGGGGGAUUUGUGCUCAUGAGCACUCUGCACCAAAAUGCUGACACCAGCACAGGAGAGGACCAGAAACCAAGCAUGAUCCUGGACUACAAUGCCAUGAAAGGUGGGGGUGGUGGGAGGGGGGAUAGGUUAGACAACUUGGACAAAGUAACAGGGUCCUACAGCACCAAGCGAAUGACUGCGCUCUGGCCAUCGGUCAUCUUUUAUAACAUGAUCGAUGUAUCGGCCUUGCGACACCGCACGUCCAACUGAGGCAGCCACAGUGAGGGAGAUCCAGGAGAGGACUCCACCUAGUACACCAGUACGUGAGGUUGCUGCUGGGGGGGAAAGAGGAAGAGGUGCCAGGGCUGCAGGCCAAUCUGAAGAUGUCAAGACGACGCAUGACCCGCGCGAAAGAGAACACAUUUAGGAUGUGAGGCCAGGCCUGAUGCAAAGCGAGGGAGGAAGAAGGAGGAGUACAAUGGCGAGGAAAGUAGCCACUGCCAACUCAAAAAGAUCAAAGCAGAGAUUCUGUCCAAAUGCAUGACCCAAGAGAAGAUCGACGACCUCAUCUUCAACUACAUCGUGGAGGACUGUCAGUCAUUCCAUGUGCUGGAGCAGCCCGGCUUCAAGAAGCUGAUCACAGGCCUAACCGAGGGUCUCCACCCCAUGGACAGGGUGACCUUAUUCUCCAAGGUGGAUCUCAGUUUCUCGAAGAUGCGCGAGGAGCUGACGGCCAAGCUCACCAGCGUCCAGUACGUUUGCACCACGGCUGAUUUGUGGACCGUCGGCAACGGCAGCUUCUUCGGCAUGACGUGCCACUGGAUUGACAGCAACUCGCUGGAGCGUAAGUCGGCAGCUCUGGGCUUCGCUAGGAUGCCGGGUCGGCUCACGUACGACACCGUCGCCGGGAGGAUACACGACAUCCACGUGGCGUACGGCAUCGAAAGCAAAGUUCAGACCACUGUCACCGACAACGCCAGUCCCUUUGUCAACGUGUUCAAAGAGUUCGCGCUGGAUGGCACAGAUUCCAGUGAUGACAUUGGCGUGUUUGAGAACGUCUGCGCUGUGCUGGAGGGUGAGCCGGAGCAGGACAUGCUUUUAUUUCUGCCCACCAUCCAACGGUGCGCUUCGCACACCUUGGAGCAGAUAGUCACGGAGGAUUUCUGGCAGGCGGUGUCGCAAGGACCCAUGUGCCAGCUUUUUUACAGCACAAUGUCUAAGGUGUACUCCAUUUGGACUAAAUGCCACCACCUUCAGGUCGGCAUGGAAGCGGCGGAGGAGAUAAAGAAGAUGGCCUUGUUUGUCCCGGCCGUCAUACGCUGGAACGUGGAGUACUGCGCCCUGCAGAAGAUCGUCUCUCUCACAGAACGGGAGCUGACGGAGCUCUCAGCCCGCUUGGAUGUCCCGCGCCUGCAGCCCGAGGAGAUGGACUUCCUCAAAGAAUACGUCACAGUGUUCCACCCGCUGGCUUUUGCGCUGGAGCUGUUCCAAGCCGAGCAGAAAUGCUACCUGGGCCUGGUCAUCCCGACCGUCCUCAGUUUGAAGAACAAGCUGAAUGAGCACAAGGAUUCCGCUAAGUACUUCAGCGAUGUCAUCGUUGUCAUGGUGAGCGCCAUUGAAGUGCGCUUCCGAGAGUUGUUCACCAGCGACGAGGCCAAGUUCGCCACAGCGACCACUCCCCAGUUCCGCCUGUGGUGGCUGGCCGCCUCCGAGAGGGAGGAGAUGUGCUCAAUGCUGGCCACGGAGGCCUCCCAGGUGGACCCCUGCGAUGUGAUCGAGAUCAACACAAUCACUUCCCAAAACGUCUCCACCAUCGAAACCGAAGACGACUUCUUCAGCUACGGCUCGGCCAAGCUCACAGCUCACGUCCAGGAGCGUGGCGUCACAGAGGAGAUCCGCAAGUAUGUGGAAGGAACCGGCAAGAGCUUGGAGUGCCUGCAGGACUUCCCGAGGGUGAAGCAGUUGUUCCUCAAGUACAACACUACCUUGCCGUCUACAGCGCCCAUCCAGAGGCUCUUCAGAGAGAAAGGCAACCUGGCCACCUCUCAAAGGAACUUCCUGACCGACGACUACUUUGAACGCCUUCAGCUGCUGAGAUACAACAUCAAUGUGUGCUCUGUGCUCAAUGGCUGAAUAUGUUUGCCUUGAUCGUGUUAAAAACUAAUCCCCAUCACAACAUACCGUACUUCCUCAUGUAGUGGCCGGUUAUUUACUCAAAUGCAGAAGGGAGGGAGGCCUUAAUGAGUUAAAAAAAAAUGUUAACAUUACUGGUACAGUGGUGCCUUGAGAUACGAGUUAUCAAACAUAGAGCUAUGUGCUUUGGACAAACGUUUAUAGUGAUAUUUUUCUUUAAAAUUACAUGAAAUUAAUAGCCAUUAUCUGUGAUCUUUUCUCAAUUUAUGAAAUUGAUCAUUUAUAUAGACCACACAAUUAAAUGAAUACAAGAUUUCUAGAAAUAAAACUGAAAUAUACAAUGGCCAAACACAGUAAAUAAAUGCAACUCAAAAUAUCCGGUAGCAUAACUACUUUUCAAGAAAUGUAGUCAAGUGCAAAGGAUUAAAAUAAAUCCAACACAGUGCUAUAAGUAACAUUCAAGUAUGCCUACCAUUCAUCCAGUAAAGGUAUUACACUAAGCAGAGUCAAAUAAAGUACAGGAUUCCCUCAGUAGCAGCAAUGGAAAUCUAAUGAUAUAAACUGUAGAGAAUUACAGUCCCCUCCAUCAAGUCUUGGAAUGGCAAGGUCAAUUCCUUUGUUUUUGUUGUAUACUGAAGAGAUUUGGGUUUCAGGUCAAAAGAUGAAUAUGAGACAAAAGUUCAGAAUUUCAUUUCAUUGUAUUUACAUCUAGAUGUGUUAAACAACUCAGGACAGAGCACCUUUUGUUUGAAGCCAGUCACUUUUCAAGUGAGCAAAAGUAUUGUAUAUUUCUUCUCUCAGUCUUCUUCGAACAGUGGAUUGUGAUACCUUCACCCCUGCCCCGUGGAGGUUGGCAGUGAUGUCACUGACUGUUGUCUUUGGGUGUUCAUGCAAAGCUCUCAGGGUUUCUGAUACCCUUGGCCGACCUGUUCUAUGUCUGUUGCUCAGUAAACCAGUAGUUUCUUUUUUUCAGGACAUUCCAAAUUGUUGUAUUGGCUAUGCUCAAUGUUUGUGCUGAUCGAUUUUCCCUCUUCUCUCGUCUUCAAAAUGGUUUGCUUUUCUCCCAUGGACAGCUCUCUGGUCUUAAUGUUUGCUUAACAGCAAAUGCAGUUUUCACAGGUGAAACCCAAAGCCAAAAACAAGCACUAUAUAAUCUAAUCACUCUAAAAGGCAACACCUGAGCAACAAGAAACACCUAUCAGUCACAUGUUCCAAUAAUUUUGCUCACUUGAAAAGUGAGUGGCUUCAAACAAAAAGUGCUCUGUCCUGAGUUGUUUAUCACAUCUAGAUGUAAAUACCAUGAAAUAAAAGCUGGAAUUCUGAACUUUUGUUUCAUAUUCAUCUUUUGAUCUGCAACCCAAAUCUCUUCAGAAUACGACAAACCUUGCCGUUCCAAUACUUUUGGAGGGGACUGUAUAUUAGGACAAUUAAUCAAAUUUCAAUCUCGAUCCCGACUUUGUCUGCCACGACAAAAUGAGCCCGAUCGUCAUAGUUUUUUUUUACAUUUAAAAUGUGCACUGUGUGGCAUAAGAAGCACUUUCUCAACUUAGUCAGCCAGCCUCCAGGGGGCGAAUACUUCAUUGAGGUACCUAAACAGCACACAAUGCAGCGGUAGCCUCUCCAUCACUCUGGGUGGAAGUAUUGAGAGUGAAUCUUGCCUCGAGAAGCAAGUACAGCGAAGAUUGGAGCUAGCGCUUCGGAAUGGGAUCGACAGCCGGACAUGUUUUGAGUUAAGGCAAGCGACUUUAAAGAAGAAGCCAUAUGUUAAGAGUGCAGCAGAUUUGUCUGCCCUGCGACUUGUACGGCAACUCUGCUGGGAAACUAAUCUGUUAGACCAUCUGAAAAAAAAAUGGCAAACACUGGACAAGGAAUAUGUGAUCUCCUCGUGCAAUUAUUUCUCCAAAGUGGCUUUAAAUACACCGUACGAACAGUGACUACGGUGGUCAGGCAGUCAAGUUUAGCUAGCCCGCACAACAAUUGUUCAUAAUAAGCAUUACGGUAACACACUGGCAGCGCCCCCAGAUGCCAACUUCAAAAUAAAAGCCUCGCGUUUUAGGCUUUUAUUUUGAAGUUGGCCCUCAAAAGCACAUUGACGGCGUGUUACCAUAAUGCAUAUUAUGAACAAUCAUUGUAGCGACUGCCUUGACUUCAACUUUUCGCCUGGCCGGACCGGGAGUGAAAAACGGCGGGAGUAAAUAGAGAGGGAAAUCUGCAGUUGGCGACCACAAAUGGUCAGCAGAACAAUGAAGCCAUACCCGUCCUUGACAAUUUACUAUAUUGAUGGGGAUUUUCAAAUGAAACGUUGGUGCUUGCAGCUUAAUGUUAUUGCCUUUUAUGCAUAAACUGCAUUUGCUUCCAUUUACUGUAAUUUCUCGUGUAUAAUGCGCACCCCCAAAGUUGACCUCAAAAUUCUGGAAAACCCUUCUACCUAUGUAUAAUGCAUUUUUAUAAUGCAUUAUUUUGCUUCUGCCCAUAUGAUCAAAACGUGUUUUUUCAAAUAAUUAUUCUGAAGUUAAGCACUUUAUUUGAACAUGUCACUCAUUAAUACUUAUUUACUUGCUCUUAUUUUGAAAUUCACAGCCUUUUAAUUAGUAAAUGAGAAAACACACAGUUGUGCUCAUAUGUUUGAUUGUAACAAAAUUUGACAAUUGCCUUAUGUCCGUAGUGAACUUAACUCACUUCACAACAGGGAGCAGUUUGGCUGAUGCAAAAUGAAACAUAAAACAAAGACCAUUUUGUAUUUAAAACAACGACAUAACUUUGCCUAUAUGUUUAUAGAGCAACAUGACAAGAUUUCCCAAAAAUGACAAGUCUGUCAAAAUGUAGAAUUUGGUUAGAAUGGUCACAACAACCAGAGUAGGACAAUGCAAUAAGAAUUUUGAAAAUCAGAUGAUGGGUUGCGGAGAAAUUGAGUUUUGUGGGGGGGGUUGUCUUUCUGGGAAAUGAUUUUGUCAAUCGAAAAAUCUGGUUUAAAAAAAGCCUUUAAAUUCGAGGAAAACAGUAUAAUCUCAUUAUUUCUCAACAUAUCUCCUCAAACGUUUAGUUUUGUCUGCUAUUCGAGAAAGCCCUUCUCCAAUUGUCGGACAAAGUUUCAGUCAGUACUCGAUUACGGUAUUAUCACUUUUUUUUUUCUUAAAUGCCAGUUUCAAAGCAUCUGUACUGAAAACUAAAGAAACUAGAGGGUAGUUCAACAUUUUUUUUUUUAUUUAAAUUUUUUUUUAUAAAAUAUGAAUAUAGAAAAAUCUCAAUAGUAGCCUACAACAAAUGUAGAAAAAUAUAUAAUUGCUCACAGCUGAUCACCGUAAUCACCCAGCACAAGUUUGCAAUGCUCAUUUGUUUUUUUGUUUUAUUUCUGUUUCGAAAAUUCCACAAAGACGGCGGCCACUUGUCGCCUUGCCACUUUAAGCAAUGGAUAUUUGAACACGAACGAUAUGGAAACGCAUGUACACAAACAAUGUAACAACACUCACAGGCAUAUUUUAUUUUAUUUUUUUAAUCCUCGAACGACUAACAUUACAGCAGCUUACUGGGUCACAGUAGUUGUGAAACUCUGCGUCCACAUGACUAUGAUUUGAGAUACAAAUGCUUUGAUUUACUAUUUGAGGAAAUACGGUAAGCCACAUCAAUGUAAAGUCUUGAUUCUUGUGUUCUCAUCUCCACCUUCCUUUCAUUUAUAUGGAAAUAUUCAAUUGACAAUCAACCGGAUGAUGAAAAUGCGAUUUCACAAGGUAUUGCAACAUUUGUCAUUUUCUUUUCCUACAGCUGUUGACUGAGAAUAUAUCAUGUGUAUGGUUUUAUAUAAUACAGUACAAGAGAUGAAAUGAGCAUUUGUGUACGUUCUUUGCUCAUUGGGUCCUUGACUUGAGAACAAAGAUGUUUUCUUCAGCAUGCACAGAUUACAUCAGCAGAUAUUAAAUUUUAUUUUGAAAGCUUGGUAUGGGAA